AUGUCUGCGAACAAAGAGAUGCACUUCUCAAGUUCAAGAACGAGUUUGAGAUUCGGAAGCCUUCUUUUUCUUAUGACUGUUAUGUUAAUGGUAGCUAUGUGCGAUGCCAGUUCUGGGGAAGUGAUAGAGCUAGAUCUCAGUUGCAGCUGCCUCCAUGGCAGGUUUCAUUCGAAUACCUUUCAAAACAUUCCUUUUCUAUCUUCUCUAGACCUUUCAUAUAAUGAUUUAUAUGGUCAAAUCCCAUCCUCCAUUGGAAAACUUUCUAAUCUCACCUCUGUCAACCUUUCUUGUAAUCAUCUUUUUGGCCAGAUUACAUCUUCAAUUGGAACUCUUUCGAAUCUCACCUCUCUCCGCCUUUCUUCUAAUCGGUUUUCUGGUCAGAUUCCAUCCUCAAUUGGAAACCUUACAUAUCUCACCUCUCUCUCCCUUUUUAAUAAUCAGUUUUCGGGGCAGAUUCCAUCCUCAAUUACAAAGCUCUCUCGUCUCGAAUAUCUUAACCUGGGUUAUAACAAUUUCGAUGGUGAAAUCCCAUCUUCUUUGGGCAGUUUGAAACAUUGGCGCUAUGCGUUUUGGGGAGAAGCUGUUUUAAUGGCUCCAUUUGCUGUUCUUGGUUUCUUGAUGAAACCUCUACAGUUAAAAGUUGGUGGUAAUGAGAUUGCGGUCUCCAUUGAAACUUACAAGUCAAGUUACAAGAACGCAGUUUCGAAAUCGUGUACUCAAUUUGGGAAAGAUAUGAUAGUUCUAUGUAAAGAAAAGGUCUUUGUUGUUAAUGUCUUAGGUUAUGUAUCAUACAACUUUGUUAUUGGAGCAUACUCAUAUUGGGGACCAAAGGCUGGCUAUAACAUUUACAAAAUGAAAAACGCCGAUAUCAUUUGUGGGAUCAUUGGGACAUUAUCAGGAGGGUUGAUACUCGAUCGUGUCACCGCAACAAUUCCAAAUGCUUUCAAGCUUUUAUCUGGAGCAACGUUUCUUGGAGCGAUCUUUUGCUUCACUGCAUUUACCUUAAAGAGUUUAUACGGUUUCAUCGCUCUCUUUGCCUUAGGAGAGCUUCUUGUGUUUGCUACACAGGCUCCUGUGAAUUAUGUGUGUUUACAUUGUGUGGAACCAAGUUUGAGACCAUUAUCAAUGGCUAUCUCUACCGUUGCGAUUCACAUAUUUGGCGAUGUUCCUUCUUCUCCUCUUGUCGGUAUAGUUCAGGAUCAUAUCAACAGUUGGAGAAAAACAGCAUUGAUUCUUACAUCGGUUCUGUUCUUAGCUGCUGCAAUAUGGUUUAUAGGGAUAUUCAUAAACAGUGUAGAUCGGUUUAAUGGAGAAGAAAGUGAAAGUGAGAAGCAGAGGAGGCAAGAACAAUCGAUUGUAACUCCAUAAAUGAAUAAAUACUAUAUAGCAAAAGUAGAGAAAUCUGUGUGUAUUUGUACAGUUACAAAACACAAUGAGCCAAAUAUCACACAAAAGCUUCAAAUUUGCAUGGAAAAACUUGAAUUACACGUUUCAGGCUGUAUAAUUCUUUUUUUUUGGUUGUAUAGAAUGUGAUCAUUGUGCUUCUUCUCAGUUCUUUAUCUUUUUUUCCUAUAAAUUCUUCUCGAUAUCAUUUUUUUCUGGAUUUAUGUUCUUGUUUUUGUCGUCUUCUUUCACUUGAUUAUUCUCUAAAGAAAGAUCUUCUGCUUUCUCAUGAAUUCUCAUGUACCGCCUUC